GAACUACAUGAAAUGGAAAAAACUAUACAUGAGAUAGAGAGGAAGAUGGAAGAGAAAGAUAGAGAGCUACAUGCAAUUAAAUUAGACAAUGAAGCGGCAUGGGCUAAGGAAGAUCUCCUUAGAGAACAAAACAAGGAAUUGCAGACCUUUCGGAGAGAGCGUGAUAACUGUGAUGCUGAAAGAACUCAACAUCUUCAACAAAUACAUGAAAUUCAAGAACAUAUGCAGGAGAAAGAGAGGCAGUUCCUUGAGUUGCAGGAACAGCAUAGGGUUGCUCAGGAAACCAUCCUUUUUAAAGAUGAACAGUUGAGGGAAGCUCAAGCUUGGAUUACGCGUGUCCAGGAGAUGGAUGUGUUGCAAUCAACUACAACUCACUCCCUGCAAGCUGAAUUGCGAGAGCGAACAGAGCAAUAUAACCAGCUUUGGCUUGGUUGUCAGCGACAGUUUGCUGAGAUGGAGAGGCUUCAUUUGCAUACAGUACAACAACUCCAGGUUGAACAGGCUGAUGCAAGAGAAAAGAGUGGAACUUAUCCCGAUGAAUCACAUGUAUCCCAAACAAAUUCAAAAGAUGCUUCUCAAUUUGGACAGAAUGAUGGAAACCAACUGGAUGUUAAUGGAAUUGUCACACCAAGUGCAAAUUCUGGGGUCCUUCCAAAUGGAAAUGUAGAUAAUGUUUCAUCUUUUGUCUCAACUGGCAAUGCUUCAACUCAGGCCAAUCAUGUUCAUGGUGUUCCAAUUGCUCCGUCAUCCCUACUUGGGAUGCCUACCUACCUUCCACAUGGACAGAACCAGCAGGCUUCAUCACAGGAUUCACAGGUGCCAACUCACAACCAAUAUCCUCCAUCACAAACUGAUCAGAGCUUGUUGAGAUCAGAUACCAAUUUUGACCAUGAAGUUUCUGUAAAUGGGCAAGCCAUUCAUUCAGACUAUUUGGAUGUUCGUGUCAGCCAAGAAAUGGAGCCUGAUGCUGUGAUCCCAUCAUCAGCUGAGGAAGGACAGGUUCUUGAGCAGGUUGAUAAAAGCUACCUGGUAGCCCCACAACCGGAGCAGAGCUUGCAACAUAUUUCUUCCCAAUUUCAUGAUGCUUUAAGACUUGACCCUCUUCCACAAAAUAACGAGACCAAGGAUAGGACACUUACUGCUUUGACUAAGCAUGGACUGGAGGGUCAAGGGUUCAAUACCGAACAAUCAAGUUCUCCCGCCAAUGCACCAUCAUCUGAAACUCCAAUCGAUCAUGUGAAUUUCAGUGAAAUCUCAAUGAAAGCCACUGGUGCCGUUUCAUCUGAAGCAUCUGUCUCAUCUGGGCUGAAAAAUACACAUGCAGGAGGAAAGGCUUCAGAGAUUGCUCUUCUUGAUGAAAGAUCAUUGUUGGCUUGCAUUGUUCGCACGUUACCACCUAGAUCUGGUGGUAGAAUCAGGAUUAGCUCAACUCUUCCAAACAGGCUUGGCAAAAUGCUUGCACCUCUACAUUGGCAUGAUUACAAGAAGAAGUACGGAAAGCUUGAUGAUUUUGUGGCUGGUCAUCCUAAAUUAUUUAUAAUUGAAGGGGACUAUAUACAACUUCGAGAGGGUGCACAAGAAAUUAUAGCUGCUACAGCAGCUGUUGCAAAAGUUGUAGCAGCAGCAGCAGCUAAAACAGCAUCUUCUCCUCACUCAUUGUUGUUGCCAUCUGUUGCUGUUACUCCCAUGGCACAAUCUCACCGACUGAAGAGGGCGCCAUCCAUUGAUUCCAAUUCUGUGAAGUCUGAGAAGACCAUUUUUAAGGAGUACGUAGAUAAUUCUUUACAGCUCCCAGUUCCGAAUCAUCAUUCUAAUGGUGUUUGUCUAAAUGCUGGAGGUGUCUCAAAUAUUAAAAUUUUGAGCAAACCGAAAUAUUCUCUGGAACUGAAUGGCACUGAAAGUAGGCCUGGCCAGUCAUCUGGACUUACGACAGUUGGAAAUGGAGGAAAUCUUCAUAGGUCAGGUUUGGCCGGUUCUCUAAGCAAGGGAUCAACUCAUGGGAGGCCUAGUGUGAAUUUUGUAGCGAAGCAGCAGGGCAGGACAACUGCGGUUGCAUCAACUUCUAGAAGAUAGAUACAAUUUGGACAUCAUAUUGAUCAAAUCAAUGUGCAACGGUGUGCAGGUCGGGGAUAAUGAGGGAGGGAGAUUCUUUUAAGUUGGAAUCUCUUGUUUUGGUAUCUUCUGGUUGGUUCGAAUACUUUUGUUGCCCUCCUCCCCUCUGCUCAAUUCUUCUCUCUUCUUUUCUGCUAGAAGAAUUGCUUAUUUCUGCAUGAUUUUGUAUUCUCAAAACUGUACAUCCAGCUGCCUGGCGGCUGUGAUAUUCAUAUAUGCUCAAUUGCAUCUGUGCAACAGGCAGCUUCACUUUUUUGUUUGUGGAUUCUAAAUUAUUGGAAAAGAUUAUUGAUUUCGAAUUUGCCUGAAA